AUGCUGGGCGCCCUAAAGUGGCUGGGUCUGCUCUGCAAGAGUCGCAUGGCCCGGCUGGUGCUGCUGCUGACGGGCCGCGUGGUGUUGCUGGCGGAUGUGGCUACAGCCUAUCUGGAGAUGCAUUUCGCCGACGCCUUGAAGCCGCAAGAGUUGGAGGGUGGCCCAGUGCUGUUCCUGCCACAGCUCCUGCAUGUCUUGGCGCUGCACAUGAAGCAGGUGCCACCAGAUGGCGCCUAUCGAGAGGUUCAGGGCACACUAAGCUCGUACCUGUUGCUGGGCCUGGCUGAGAAGCUGCGAGAACUCUUUGGACGUGCCGAGAUCCGUGGCCUGAAAUUCUUCGAAGGCACUUCUCCGCUGCCGCUCUUAUUACUCCGAGCCAUGUGCUUCCUCGGAACAGUGGUCUGUGCGUAUCGUGCGCCUAAGGCGGGUGAUACGCACCAAGAGGUCCUGGAGAUGUUCCACGACACCGAGCUCUUCGGUGUAGUGGGCAUCCUGGUGUCCAUCUUGCUGUCGGAGGGGCGCAGGGAGAAGGGCGCCAAGUUGCCACAGACGGUGAUCUCCAUCUGCGUGCAGGCUGUGAGGAUUUUGAAUCACAUCGCUCGCAUUGACCUGCCCACGGUGCAAAAGACCCUGGGUGCCAGCAGGCAACAGGAGUUUUAUCACCUGCUGGUCUCGCUGUUGGACUAUUGCGUGGGUCGCUUACCCGCCAGUAUGGUGAAGCCGGGGCCUUCAGGUCAAGCUGAAGAGAGCGAUCUGCUACAUGAAGCGGUGGUUUUGCUUGGUUUCUACUGUUUGCAGGAACCGGAAAAUCAAAGCAUCCUGUGCUACGGCGAGGGUCAGGCGCUCUUGGCGCGACUCGCUUCGCUGCCGUUGUACUACUUCAUGGACGAGCGUGGCAAGUCCAUCCUCUUUCCCACCAUCUUGGCCUCUUGUUUCAGAUCCGAGCAAAAUCUCUAGGUUUUGAGGUCUGAGAUGAACAUGUCGCUGGUUCGCAGCUAUUUGGCGAGUCAGAUGAAUCUUCAGGGUGGAGAGGAGGUGCCGGGCCUGCCAACCUUUGCGAGUCGCUUCCCACCAGAGCUUUGGGAGGAAGCUAUAGCCUUCUUCGAUGCAAACUGAGGCCACAUGUUGCCAGCAACGGCGCAAGUCGACGUUGCGCCUUGGUCGGCGACCUUUGUACAAAGCCCUUCGCACCGGGCACGGCAGUGGGCGUUGGGAGUUGCGAUGCUACAGCGAUGUGGG